AUGAAUCGCUCAGUCUUCCAUAAAGCAAUCUCUCAUUUCCACCAUCAUGUGCAAAGCUGCAAUGUAGAACCCAACUGGGAUAUCGUGACUGAUAAGCGAACGGGUUAUCAGUAUAUGACACGGAAGAUUUUACAUCCCUUGCCCGAGAAUUGGACGCCACCUCCAGUUACUAUGGAUGAAUUAGAACAAGAGCAAGAGGAAGAUGUUGCUGUAGCUGCAGUAACAAAGCAGGCCUAUAUCACAUUAGAGCAUCACAUUGUAUAUUCUCCCACUUUCCAAGCACCUGUAUUAUACUUUAAUGCAUUCGAUCCAGAUGGAUCAUCCCUUUCGUUAGAUCAAGUCUAUGAUUGGGUAAUCUCAGCAGUAUCCGGACCCAAUCUUCGCUUGCCUACCGCUAUCAGCCCACAAGGUGGCAUCACUCAAGAUGAACAUCCUAUCCUCGGCCUCCCAUUCUGGUACAUCCACCCAUGCAAUACCCAUAGUGUAAUGAAGCAAUUUGAUCAACACAUCAUCAACACAACGAAUUACAUCAAGAUUUGGUUAUCGUUUUAUGGUCCUGCUGCUGGAUGUAAUUUAUCCUCCCAACUCUUUCUUGACAUGUCAAAUAAAGCAGAAUGA